AUGUCAGAUUGCGUAAUCGCAUUUGCAUUUCAUCUUGCAGUGUUUCACAAAUCUCGGAUUUUUCGAGACAAAUUUUCUAAAAUGGAGUCAAAUAAAGAAUCACCUUCCCGACGUCCUAAACAUUUCGUCAAUGAUCCAAAUAAAAUUGUAAUUGAAUCACUUCGAGGACUUUGUUUGUCUUAUCCUUCUCUGAGAUUUAUUGAAAAGGAAAAGAUUGUUUAUAGGGCUGAUAUUGAUGAUAUUAGAAAAAAGCAAGUCACUUUGAUUUCUGGAGGUGGAGCCGGUCAUGAACCAGCGCAUGUUGCUUUUGUAGGACCUAAUCUUUUAUCAGCUGCAGUAUCAGGAAAUAUUUUCGCAUCACCAUCAACUUCGCAAAUUUUAGCAGCAAUUCGUCGUGUGCAAUCCCCUCAUGGUACACUAUUAAUUGUAAAAAAUUAUACUGGAGAUUGUUUAAAUUUCGGCUUAGCAGCAGAAAAAGCAAAAGCCGAAGGAAUAAAAGUUGAAAUUGUAAUUGUUGGAGAUGAUGUUGGAGUUGGGAGACAACAAAGCGGGUUAGUUGGUAGAAGAGGCCUAGCUGGUACAAUUUUUGUACAUAAAAUUGCAGGUGCUAUGGCCGCAAAAAGGGCAAGCCUUAAAGAAGUUAAGAAUGCAGCACUUCUUGUUGCCGAAAAUAUUGGAACCAUUGGUGUUACAUUCGAUCGAUGUACAAUUCCAGGAACAACUAAAAGUUCUUUUUUACCUGAUGAUGAGAUCGAAUUGGGAAUGGGUAUUCAUGGUGAACCCGGAUUUCAAAAGAUAUCGCUUCCUCCAUCUAGUGAACUUGUGCAAAAGAUGUUAGAUACUAUUAUCAAUACCAAUGAUGAAGAUAGAUCUUUUUUGGAUAUCAACCCCGAAAAAGAUAAGAUUGCUUUAUUAGUUAAUAAUCUUGGUGGUAUUUCUGCACUUGAGCUUGGAGUAGUACUAAAUGAUGCUUUUAAUUAUCUAGUUAAAAAGAAUUUCUAUGUAAGAAGGGUUUAUGUUGGACAUUAUAUGACAUCACUUAAUAUGCCUGGGGUUUCUUUAUCUAUUUUAAAGUUACCAAAGAAUUUGGAUGUAGUUCCUUUAUUGGAUAUAAAAGCUGAAACUCCAGGUUGGGUUAAUCAUUCAAAAGUUGAUAUUUCAAAUUUGGAUGUUAGUUUAGAUGAAAAAGUUUCUUUCAAAGAAAAGGAAGAAGACCUUUUUGUUGUCAAUGUAAAUUCACAGUUAUUUGAAUCUACGAUUAAAGCAGCUUGUAAUGCUCUUAUUCAAGCUGAACCAGAAAUAACAAAAUAUGAUACAAUUGUAGGAGAUGGAGAUUGUGGGUUGACUUUGAAAUAUGGAGCAACAGAUAUUCUAAAAGCAUUGGAAGAAAAACAAAUCAUGACUAAUGAUCUUUCGGGAGGUUUAAUGAAAAUUAGCAAUAUCUUAGAAAGAGGUGGGACUAUUGGUUUUCUAUACUGUUUAUUUAUAGGUGCAAUAUCAAAUAGUUUAAGAUAUUUUGUUGCAGCUAAGAUAGAAGACAAUGACAAUAAAAAAGAUCAAAUUUUAGUAGAUGGUAAAUGUAUUGGCGCAAGUUUAAAGUCUGCAUUAAGUACACUUCAAAACUAUACGCCAGCAAGAAAGGGAGAUCGUACUAUGAUGGAUGUAAUAAUUCCAUUUAUAACCUCAUUUACAGAUAUAUUAUUCUCAACUAAUGAUGAUAAUACAAUGAUAGCAUUUAAAGAUGCAAUAGAAGCUGCAAGAAUUGGUGCAGAAUCAACAAAAGGAAUGAAACCUAAGUUGGGAAGAUCAACUUAUAUUGCUAAUAAUAUUAUUAAAGAAGCUCAGGUUCCUGAUCCUGGAGCAUGGGCAGCUUAUGUUAUUCUUAAUGGAAUUUACGAUCAUUUAAGUGAAUAA